AUGCAGGAUACUGUCGGCGUGACGCAGAUCGAGCUCAAACCAUGUCUUGCCGAACUGCUUCGGAACUGCAUCUACCCGCCCAGGCUCCUCCUCAAAGUCGAGCACGUCUUCAACAAAGCGCGAGCCGGCAGCCACAAGAGCAGCGGAGACGGUCGAGCUGCGCGUGCUACGGAUGAGAAAAGCCGUGCGCUCUGCACUUCAAGACCUUUACAAUACGAUACCGAGACGGAGUUGAGCAAGUCACGGUGCCUACAUUUAGCGCUCUCCGAUGGGAUCCUGCAGAUCCAAGCCGUUUUCGCCAAACAGCUACACAAUCACGAGUUGUUGAAUUUACAGAAGGGGGACAUUCUUGAACUCAGUGACUAUCAACUACGAAUCGCCGCCCGAACGACCGGGCAAGGCAAGGUGAUCUACUUCGGAAUCCAGCAUUGCGUAUGGGUUGGCAGAGAAGAGACGACGAAACCUGAGCUCGAAUCCGAGAGUGGCUUCUUCCACGAGGACCAAGACAUGGCAGAGGAGGCCAAACAAGGACCCGGCAGUAAGGGCGCAUCUGCACGUGCAAUGGCCACCAACAACAAUCUGGAUCCCAAGCGGUUGGGCAAACGGUGUCGUGAGAUAGGAUACGACAAUGACCCGCAUCGGUCAAAAAGACGACAGACAACCAACCAACCGGUCGCCAGUGGUCGAAGCACGCCGUCUACCGAUUGCCGGACCUUGAACUGUGACGACGACGACUCUGAGGAGGAAUAUUUUGGUACGCUGGUGGCGUCUCAGUCCCAGGUAGAGGAACGCCGAUUGAUGCUUCGUUAUUCCCAGCAAUGUCUUGUCCAACAAGAGCCCAAGCCUCCCGAUCUGCCCAAUCAACAACCAGAAGAGAAAGCAAAUAAGUCAGCUCCAAUUAGAGCAACAACUUUGUCGAAUGGCGGCCAUGAGGUCCUCACCGAGAUAGUCCAGGCCUGCAACGAUCCCACCAAUGCCGACCGGCUUUCUCCUAGCCAGCCGGAGGAGGUCAAAGAGGUCCAAGACAACGAUAAAAGACCGACGACAAACAACACAACACUCUCUAACAUGACUUCAACAGCCCCAUCCUACUCUGCUACCGCAGCCACCACUCCACUGCAUACGCUAGCCUCUCUCUUAAAUCCAGCAAACUCCCUCCCACCACGCAACUACUCAUGCACCAUCUUUUGCGUGAUUUCAUGGGUGUCGUCCUCGCUCAUCCACAAACCAAAUACCCCGUUCCCGCCAAAACGACAUGUCAAGGUCCACGAUCCGAGCGUAUCACACCGACAAGCUGGCAUUACGGUAGCCGUCUUCGUCGACGCCAAGAACUUCUUGCCUAAACCUGGUACUGUGGCUUUGCUCAAAGAUGUGGUCAUGCAGAGAUGUGGGGACGAUGUGAUUUUGAACAAGUAUGCCAGCUUUGGGACUCGGGUACAAGACGACAGUUCCGAAUCACCUGACCAAGAAGCCCACAACAGCGGGGGUGGUUGGUUCAUCAGCAACGAGCAGAAGCUGUUAGAGUUGGGGUUUGAUGUCCAUGGAAUGAAGAAGUGGUGGCAGGAGAGGACAGCAAAGAAGAAAGGCUCAGUCAUAUGA